AAUGUCCAAUUGAAUCCAAUUAUUACGCAACAAUCAUGUUGCGCCCAAUCACAUGACCGCAUGAGCGUUGCCGAGGGUGGAAGAAUUCAAUCUUGGAACGGGCCAAGUGGGAACGCCUUCGAAUUCAUUUGUCCACUUGUGAUCUGGGACAAUCUGAAACGCUUCGUGAGAUAAAGCUCAACGUUCAUCCUUCAAGCUGCUGUCUUCAAAUUGGGCCAAGGGCCAUGUACCCGCCCACCAACACAUUCCCCAACAUGCCCGGGUACGAGAGCAUGGGCCAAGGCGGAGGCUUCCUGCCGCCCCCCAUACCCGUGGAGCCGGUGGCCCCGCCCCAACCGGGCCCCGAGGCGGACAACUGGAGCAUCCCGUCCUUGUCUGAGGACGCCGCACGCGAGGCCUUCCAGAGCUUCGCCGCGUCCAACUGUUGCUACAACAAAGCGCCAGCCAACGACGGAGUCAUCACACAGAUGGAGCCCUUCAACACCUACAGGUAUCGACUAGAGACUUUCGCUGAAUCUAGGUCAACCGAGUGGGGCAGCAAACCUCAUGAAGGCGAGGCGCCGGACUUCUACACCCAGACGGCCCCCCGUCCCUGGGAGAUUCAGGCCACGCCCCCUAAGAUGUUCACCAAUCACACGGAGCUCAUCCGCGUGCCUUACACCUCCUCCAUAAAGGAUUGCCAAGACUGCAAUGGGACCGGUAAGAAGCCAUGCGAGGAGUGCAACGGAAGCGGACAUAAAGCGUGUUGGGUGUGUAACGGCUCGGGCACCAAAGACGAUCAGAACUGCUCCCACUGCAACUCUACAGGCAAAGACAGAUGCAGGAAGUGUGACAGUCGCGGCUACGACAAUUGUGAGACGUGCAAGGGAAAGAAACAACUGCUGACCUUCAUCCAGCUCAAAGUGGAGUGGACUAACCAUGUCGAAGAUCACGUGUUGGAGCAGAACAGCGGCUUGAAGAUUGACAACCUGCGUUCAGUUAGCGGAAAGGAGCUGUUCAAGAACAACCAUUACCUGGUGUACCCGCUGGUCGGUUUCCCCGAGCCUGCCGUCGGCGAGGCGUCGGCACGGCUGGUCCGAGAGCACCAGAGCAAGUACACCCAGACCUCCAGGAUCCUGCAGCAGAAGCAGACAGUGGAGUUGAUCCCCAUCACCAAAGUGAGCUACAAGUGGAAAGGCGACUCUCACGUGUUCUACGUUUUUGGCAACGAGCAGCAGGUCAGCGCCGCCGACUACCCAGCCAAAUGCUGCUGCGUCAUCCUCUAGACCUGCCUCUUCCAAUGCUGGCCACCAAACACACAAAACAAAAAGUGCAAAAGUUGUCGGAUCGACACCGUGGAUGGUCGCAGGUGCCGAGGCCUGCGUUAUUUUGGAUUCAAACAUUUAUAUAUGUCGGAUUAUAAACCCUCAUGAGGAUGAAAUGAUUCAGAAAAUGGAUGGAUGCGUGGACCACUAAAUUGAUUAAUUUUUUUUGGCUUUUAUUGCCACCCAGUCUAAAUAUUGCUGUUUACACUCAUUUUUGACAUGAUUACCUCAUAGAACCAAUGCCUUUGAAUGCGAGUGCAAGGCUUUGUGGAUGUUUUCGACUUUUUGCCUUAAUAAUCUCAAUGGGGAAAAUCAACUCAUGGGGGAAAAAACCCCCAAUAUGCGCAAUAUGAAAUUGUCCAUUGUCAAGUGUUUUUGAUGAGUUAGAAUUGAAAUUUUCUUCAGGAAACUCUAGUGCCUCCAGCUGGCUGCCUCCAAUACAACUAGCCCAAUUUUUUUUUUUAAUAUAUGUAUUCUUUUUUAGUAAAUACGUAAUGUGUUGCAUGCCUUCCUAUAAAAUGUGGCAUUUUACAUGGCUCUUGUUUAUCUCGUGACAUAUUCACUUUUGCACGUUGAAGAUUUAGAAUUUGUCCAAGCACGUUGACGACUUGUUGACAUGAUAAUGUUUGUGCAGCGGUGCUUUUUAUUAUCAUUGUAUCCCUGUAAAAUCAAAUAAACAAUCACUCUUACUGCAAUCUA